AUUUCCUCUUUUCUGAUCAUGUCAGAAAAUAUUCAAAAUCCAUCUUUAUUGGGAACUGCACAUUCUCUGCAGCUUCCCCUUCCCGUAGUGAACAAUGCAGCUUCCCUAACAGAAAGUGUCUGCAACUACUCCAGUGUAUCUGCUCCAGUUGGGAGAUCUGCUUGGCUUCUGCCCUCAGAUUCUGGCAUCUCUUUCCAACCACUCAUGAGUAGUGCCUGUCUUGACCAACAUUCUAGCACAACAAUGCUGUCUGGAGUGUCUGGCCAGAGCCAGCUAUCCACGUUGUCUGCUUCCUACCCAAGUGUUUUGGAGUGGGAUAUUGCAGGAAGUACUGAAGAGAAGUCUUACAUGGGAGACUUUACUGUGACGAUCCUUGACCAAGACACCAAUGUCUCUUCCAUGUCUAUGGCAGCUCUCUAUGAGAAAACCUUAGAUACCAACCACAUGGUAUCUCUGUACCCAUCAAUUUCUGCCAGUCUUAUUGAAAGAACACCAUCUCAGGUUCCAAAUCAGAGUUAUAGCCUGUUGCUUCCCUACCAGGAAGGAAGCCAGGUGGUUUACUAUCAUCAGGGCACUCAGGGACCUCUUCUUUCUGGAGAAUCUGGUCCCUGCCUGCAAUCCAAUGGCUGUAUGACAUACAAAGGAGGUAGGGGCUCUGCCCUCCAAGCUUACAGCAAUGGAUCUCCAGAAAUGGUUAUGGUUCUAAAGGAGGUCCAGUCCCGAAAGAACCGACCACCAGCCUCUACCUCUGUCGUCUACGACUCUGUGUCUGUUCCACCCAUCACAGAAUCGAGUUAUCAAGUUAUCCUGGAACUACCCCCAGCUCCAACUCAGGAACAAACAAAUAAUUAUUGGGAUGAGAUCAACACUGGGCUUUCAGAGUCUCCGGAUACCUACCAGUUCCCAAUAGAAAAUCAAGAUCCUCCACUGUGCCCUUUAGAAAUCCCUGAUAUCCACCAGCUCCUGGCCUGCACUGAUCCUCUCAGCCAAGAGCAACAGGCUGGUACUGAAACUACUCGCCAGGAAAAGGAUGAUCAAUGUUUGGAGGACACAGAAACACUUGAAACUGGAAUUGAAUCUGGUGGUAUUUUUGCAGACAUCAUGACGUGGGUAGAAGAUAAACAACUUCCCCAGCUGUUUGAUUGCUUAAAAGACCUAGAUCAAUGCUUAGAUACGCAGGGAAUGAACACCACAGAUACCAUCACUAUGAAUCAGGGGCAAGAAAACUCAGUUGGCACUAAGGGGACCUCCCACCCAACACAGAAGAACAAAAACCAGGCUUCUGAGCCUCUUGAGGGAGAACCCAAAGCCAAAAUCCCUUCCAAAGACCCAGAACACUUGCUAGGGGAAGCAGGGAUUGUUUGUAAUGCUGCAGUCAGUGACAGGUGCCCUGUGACCAUGGCCAAACCGAACAGCAAACCUCAGAAAGCUGCGUCCAGCAGGAUCAGCAAGACCAAGAGCCAUGGGCAGGAGAAGACAAAAAAGGCUAGAGAAAACUCUAAGAAAGCUGAUGACAAUAAGCAGAUAGAGAAGAAGGUGAAGGCAGAAGAGAAGCCCACCGUUGCCAGGAUGAAACACAAGUUAAGUCAACCUGAGCUUUGCCAAGAGGCCCUUAAAAAGCCCUGCAGCUGCCUAGGCAUGCAAAUGCUGGAGUCUGUGCAAGUGAUUGAUGCACCGGGGAAGAAGAGUGAGCCAAAGCCUGGAUGUUCUUCCUCCCGGGUCCUGGGUAGUUCAAAGAAGUCCAAAGACAUCCAGGCCUCCUCAGUUGUCAAACCAUGGCCAGGUGCUACACGGCAUGGAAAAGGUCUGGAGAAAACUCAGGUCAAAGCUCAGAAACCAAGCAGCAGUGCUGAAGAACGCUCGGCUCCAUCCCAGUCUGAGCUGCCACCUCCUGGGAAGGUCAAAUUGGUACCUUUGCCUUUUCUUACCAUGGAGAAGCCACAAGCCCGACGUGUUCCUCGAAAACCACAGUCUCUGGCUUCACAUCGUCCUCCUGCAGCUUACCUUGCCAGGCCUGGCUCUACCAACUCAGCUCAGUCAACUGCCACCAAUUCAUCCCGGCCAGCUACUGCAUCUUUGUCACGUCCUGCUAGACCAGCUCAGCCCAUUUCGACCAACCCAUCUCGACCAGCUUUGCUGAGCUCUACUGGCCGGCCUAUUUCUCAGCCUGCAACUUCUAGACCUGCUCCCUACAAGACAACAGCUAGCACUUCUCUCCAGUGGGGCCCUCUUCCUGUCUCUAGGACCAAGCACCAGGCUUCACCCAAAUAUCAGAGUCAGUUUCUACUCCAAGACUUCCGUUUCCAACCAAUUCCAUGGAGAAAGCCCAAUGUUCCCGAGCCAGUCAUGUCAAAGCCCAUCACAAAAGAGCAGAGACCAGAGCGUGAGGCUAUGAAGAGGAAGGCUCAGCAGGAGCGUGAGAACACUGCCAAAUGCACCUCUUUGGGGCAAGUGCAGUUUUUUAUCGAGAGAGAGAAAGAUAUGGACAUCUCUCAAUUCUAUGGCUAUAAGUAG